CAGUGUAUUUUUUUUUAGUGUUAUGGUCAUGCAAAAAAUGAAUUGGGACAACAAAAGUGUACAAUAGAAAGUGAUAAAGUGAUUUUGAAAUGUUUCAUAGAAGACUUUUGUUCACAGGAGAAAUGUGAAAUUUCUUAAAACUCCAGUAAAAGGGGAGGGUUUUUUAGUCUAACUCUAAUUAUCCACCUCUUUCAAGGAAGAAGAAAUUAAGUAGUUAGACUUUAAGUUAUGAUUUUUUGUAUUAAAAAAAUAAAAAUACUCCGAGGAUUGAACAUAUACUAAAACUGAAAGAAGAAAUACCUAUUACCAAAGAAGCUGUUGGAUCAUUUUUGCUUUUGCAUAACUUUUGCCCCAGCUCCCUCAAAAACAAACACACGCAAAAUUAUGAAAAAUACACAUUUGAAGACUGAAAGUUAAAACAGCAUCUUUUUUACAUAGGCAUUAGCAUUCAGGUAGUUUAUGAUGGUCUGGAGAGGGUUUACCCCUGCCUUUUUUUUUUUUUCUUAUAAAGUUCUAUGUUGUAACAGUAGAAUCUAAAUAGUUUAAGAAAGCCUAAUAAUGACUGAAAAUUCUUUCUACUGAAAGAGGAUUACAACCAAAUGAUUGACAUUUAAGUUUCAUCUUUGCAUUUUAUACCCUUAUCUGCAAUAUGGGUUAGAAUGAUCCAGUUUUCUGACUUCUAUCUCAAAUAGUGAUCUAUAAUUUUAUUAAACAAUGUAAGAGUAAAACAAGUAAUUGCCAUUUUGAAUUGAAAACUUGCUUGCUUAUUUUUCAUGAUGGAGCAUAACAAGUAUGUUGUUCUUUUUGUUCACAAUUAGUAAUUUUUGUUAAUCUCAAACAAUGUAUGGGAGUCUAGUAAUUUUCAGCAAACUGGGGAGACAUGAAGAGUGGUGAAUGCUUGGGGGUUUUGCAGAAGUGCCUCAUAUGAUACCUUCUAUUCUCAGCAUAGGUUAAAAUUAGAACUAGACUGACGUUGCAUUGGAGCCUGCGUGAGAGUUCCAAAUGGUUUUGGUAGUACAGACAAGAUUUGUAAGUUAUGUAUUCUCUUGUGCAGAAAGCAAUGAGUCAUGGAAAAUCUUUGAAAGCACCACAUCUUUGAGGUAAGUUGUUCUUAAAUUUGUUCACAUGAUUGGAGGUGAAGUUUUGGGGAGAUCAGAUUACAUGGGAGGAACUUGAGGUUGUUUUACAGCCACACUUGUGAAUUCCCAUCUGAAUUGUCAGUGACAAUGUGAUUAUUAUGUUUGUGGUCCAUUUUUUGGUCAGGAAAAUGAAACAUAAAAGAACUAAAAGCUUUUGAUAAUCCUGUUAUAUAAUUAAACAUCCUUGAAAACAGAAUCGUAUACAUAUACAUCGUAUACAUUUCAUGGUUUUAAGGCAAUAUCUAUUGAAUUUUCCACUACAAACGAGAGUUGCCAAGUGUAAGAUUGCAAUAAAAAUAAGUAUUGGUUGUAUAGCCUGAUACAGGGUUUAGUAUGCAUGAACAAAUACGUCUUUUGAGACUGGAACCCUUAUGUCUCUUUUCUGCACAACACACUUAAAAAGAUUUCUAAUUUUCUACCUGAAAAUGCAUAUAGUUCAGAAAAUCAGAUAUGAUGGAUCAGGUAAAUUGCUUAAUCCCAACAGAAAUCUAGCCCUGAAGAAUAUGGCAAUUUAAAUUGAAACUACUAAUCAGAGCAAAAAGCUUCAUACAGUGUUUUAGUCACUAGUGUUGCAUAUUUGCAUGAGGAAUGGGAAAGGUAAUUUCUAUGAGGACCACUGAAAGAGAAGUUAAUCUUUCAAAAUACAGCACGUAAAUGUGAUCACGUUUAUGCAGAAGAGAGAAAAAGGAAAGAAUCCUCUCUUUUAAAGGGAAAAAGGGAUUGAAUCCCUAAAAAGGGAUUGAAUUCCUAAUUGAGUACCAGGGUGCAUUGUGACACAUUGUGGGACACUGUUUGCAUCACCUGUCAAAUUCUGCCAAUUUUCCUUCACAGAGAACAGUUAAGAAUCCUCAAUAUGAAAGUGUUGGACUAGAUUCUUCUUUAUGCAAGCUUUAUAAUAUGAUUGUAUGCUGUCUUUAUAACAGAAAGUAAUCCUGACAAUUUAAAAUUAUUAUUAUUUGCCCGGCUAUACCUUGUUGAUUAAUUGAUCUCAGUUUAAUCAGGCUUUACAAAUACCUAUGGUAGCAAAAGACACUGUAAACAUGAAGCAGAAUGAUUAUGUGUUUGAACACAGAAAUGAUCACUAAAUGACUGUAGUCUAUCCAUGCAAUGUAAAAUUACAAUAGAGUAAACAUGAUGGUAAAGAAUGUUCUAAAAGACAGACCUGCCGCAAUUAUUGUAAGGAAAUAUUUGCAUGAAAAGACUUGACAUUCCACUUUCAUUAUAUCCACCUACUUGUUAGGAAGAAAGUUUUCCUCGCCUUUUCAGUUUGAAUGGAUAUGUAAACAUUUUUGUUACUUAGCUCCUGCAAAUAUUAUUAAAAAGUUGAAAUAGAGCAAUCAGAUUGCCAGCAUUCAGAGUACAGGUAUGUACACUGCUACUUGUACAAAGUUUUACCCUCCAAGCUCUCCUUGAUAUGAUUAUCACUGCUUCGGUUACUUCUAAAAACAAACAAACAAAAAACUUUCCCCAAAUCAUUACAAUAUUGACAAUAAGAAUAUUUUUCAGAGGGAUGCACCUAUUGGGAUGAUUGAGUAUCCUACUUUGCUGCUCUUCAGAAAAUUAUGUAUUAAUUAUCUCUCUAAGGAAAAGAUGACUUCAAAACAUUAGCUUUAUUUAUUUAUAAAUUGGGAUCCUGAGACUCAGGAGGGCCACAAGAAGAUUGAGAGAGGGGUGUGAAGAACUUAAAAAGCCUUAAAAGCUGUUACAUACGUUGAUGCAUUGAGCCUGAAAUUACAGUCAGAUUCCCGUGGCUGAACCUGAACAUGUAAGAAUCAUGACUGAAACUGCAGUUUGUAUUGGAUCAUUCUCUGCUGUGAAGACACUUUGGGAAGUAAGAAUACACAAGAUAAAUGAAGAAUUACAGAAAGAAAAGGAAUUCAGACAGAGGUCUGCAGGAAGGCUACUGCUUGUCUGGGAGGAGAGAGCGGCUUUAGCAAAGCUCAAAGAAAAAAUAAUUAAUGAAGAUGGAAGAGCAAUUUUAAGGAUAGAAGAAGAAGAAUGGAAGACAUUACCUUCAUGUUUAUUGAAACUACUCCAUCUCCAGGAAUGGCAGCUUCACAGAACUAGCUUGCAGAAAAUUCCUCAGUUCAUUGGAAGAUUUCACAAUCUUGUUGUUCUGGAUCUAUCCCGGAAUUCGAUAGAAAGUAUACCUAAAGAAAUUGGCCAGCUGACUAGCCUCCAAGAGCUGCUUCUCAGUUACAAUAGAAUAAAGUCAGUUCCUAAAGAAAUAAGUAAUUGCAUCAGCCUGGAAAGAUUGGAACUGGCUGUCAACAGGAAUAUCUGUGAUCUCCCUUCUCAGUUAAGUGAAUUAAAGAAGCUUUCACACAUAGAUUUGUGCAUGAAUCAGUUUACUACCCUCCCUUCAGCUCUUCUCAACAUGCCAAAUCUAGAGUGGUUAGAUAUGGGGGGAAAUAAACUCCAGGAGCUUCCUGAUGCAAUUGACAAAAUGGAAAAUCUCCAUACCUUAUGGCUCCAAAGGAAUGAAAUAAACUCUUUGCCAGAAACCAUUGGUAAUAUGAAAAAUCUUAGUACUCUUGUUCUUAGCAACAACAAACUUAAGGAUAUUCCUGCUUGUAUGAAGCACAUGACAAAUCUGAGAUUUGUCAACUUCAGAGACAAUCCACUGCAGUUAGAGAUCACACUCCCUCCAUGUGAGAAUACAGAAGAGGAGGAGCAACAGGAAAUGUACGGCAUUGAAUUCAUGCACUUGUAUAUUCAGGAGUCACUGAAGAAAACAGGAAAUUUGGAGAGUUGCACUUCUGGUCCUUCUUCUAUCAUAACUGCUAAUGAUUAAAGAAUGUAACUGAGUAGAAGAGAAUACUGAAUAUACUUCUUCCUAACAAUGAGACCUACAACCAGU